GAGAACUUGAGACCGAGAAAGCAUCUACUCUUAAACAGGAUGGCCACUCAAUUCCAUCAGAUUCUCAACCACACCUCAUCACUACUGCCAUCCAUACAGUCCUGGGAAGAAUUCAAGACCCAGAACAAGAUCGAACAGAACCAUCUCUACUCGGGCUCAGACCUCUCAUCCCUAUCGAUCUUCGAACAGCUCUGGUUGAGAUGGUACCUCUACUUCCCAAACCCAGUCAUCGCAACCGGCAUCAUGAGCUUCCUGGUCCAUGAGUUAUUCUACUUUGGUCGUUGUAUUCCUUGGAUCAUCGUCGGCAAAAUCAGAGCAUUCGACAAAUACAAGCUACAGCCUAACAAGAUACCCAGUCGAGAGGACCAAUGGAAAUGUACCAAAUACGUUCUCUGGACUCAUUUCACCGUCGAAAUCGGACAGAUCUGGGGGUUCCAUCCUUUGGCUGAGUACUUCGGUAUGGCCACUCACUCCGUCCCUUUCCCAUCGAUCUCCACGAUGGCCUAUCAGAUCGCCUUAUUCUUUGUCUUCGAAGAUUUCUUCCAUUAUUGGGCCCAUCGAGCAUUACAUCAAGGACAGCUGUACAAGAAGAUCCACAAGCUCCACCACGAAUUCUCCGCCCCAUUCGGCCUGGCUGCUGAAUAUGCACACCCCCUCGAGAUCCUGAUCCUCGGCACCGGGACGAUCGGAGGGCCGUUACUCUGGUGUGUGCUCUCGAAAGGAAACUUGCACAUCUUGACGAUGUACAUCUGGAUCGUCCUUCGGUUGUUCCAGGCUGUGGAUGCUCAUUCGGGCUACGACUUCCCCUGGUCAUUACGAAACAUCUUGCCCUUCUGGUCUGGGGCCGAUCAUCACGACUACCAUCACGAAAAGUUUGUCGGAUGUUAUUCGACUAGCUUCAGGUGGAUGGAUCACCUCUUCGGAACCGACAAGGGUUACCACGAAUAUCGCAAGAAACAAAAACUUGCUAAGCUUAACAAAGAGAAAGCUCAAUGAUCAAUCCUCUGGUCGCAUCUGCCUCUCCUGCUCUUAUAGUAGCCCUUGAUUCCUUCAUCUGGGUCAAGGAACUUGAUACCUCACUAUUUUCUUUCUCUAUCUUUGCACAAUCUUCCGUCUAUCUUAUACGACCUUACAAAUUAAACCAAGCAAAAAAAAAUAAUCAUCCCUACUCAGGCUAUUUCCUAGAUUGACAUAUAUUGAACUUCAAAAUGUCCCCCAAUACGAAACAUCAUGUUUGUUUUCUCUUCAUUUUUUUUUUCUCAUCGAUUGAUCCGUAUUGGCUCGUUUUUUUCAUGAAGACGAGAUAGGGAGAGAUGAUCAGAGAGACGUCUGUGUAUUUACUUCA